AUGGCGGUUCACACUCAAGGAUCAAAAAACGAAUUGGAAGAUAUGGAAAACGAUGUUGAUGGUGAUGAACCAGUCGAUGGAGAUGCUGAAGUUGAUAAAUCCGGAAAUUAUGACGACACAGAGCUUGAGGCAAUUAAAGCUAGAGUUAGAGAAAUGGAAGAGGAGGCAGAAAAAUUAAAACAAUUACAAACAGAAGUGGAAAAACAACUGAAUUUGGGAAGUCCCACAGGUUUAACCAGUUCCUUAAAUUUAUCAUUAGAAGAAAAGUUAGAGGUUGACAAUAGAUCAAUAUAUGUGGGAAAUGUGGAUUAUGGUGCUAAUGCUGAAGAACUCGAACAGCAUUUUCACGGCUGUGGUUCAAUUAAUAGAGUUACAAUUUUGUGUAAUAAGUAUGAUGGUCAUCCAAAAGGUUUUGCUUACAUUGAAUUUGCCGACAAAGAUUCUGUUCAAACUGCCAUGGCAAUGGAUGAGUCAUUAUUUAGAGGAAGACAAAUCAAGGUCAAUCCCAAGCGUACAAAUAAGCCUGGAAUGAGCACAUCUAACAGAAUCUCUCGUGCAGGAAGAUAUCGCGGGCGUGCUGGUAGAGGUUAUCCUCUUUAUGGGUAUAGAUUACCUAGAAGGCCUAGAAGUUAUAUUCGUCGAAGCGCUAUAUAUUUGCCUUACUGA